AUGAAGUUCUCUGCCACCUACCUCGCGCUCUUCGUAGCUAGUACUCUCGCUCAGUUUACCAUUAAUACUCCUGCCAACGUUGUUGAGUGCCAGCCCACCCUCCUGCAGUGGUCGGGCGGAACUGCUCCCUACUUCUUGGUCGGUGAUGUCCUAUUAACAUGGUUGUCAGGCAUUGACCCGCAGCGAAUUUUAUUUUGUUAUCUUUUACACAGAGGUAAUAACUUCGUUUCCAUCCUACCCGGUGCGACUCCCAAUGGAGCUGCUGUUGAAAAUUUGGGACAGCAAAAUAGCACCUCAGUGACCUGGGUCUGCAACGUCCAGUCCGGGACAUCCCUUGGUCUCACCCUUCGCGACAGCACUGGCUUGACUGCGCAGUCAGCGCCGUUCACUGUGAACCCCGGAUGGUUUAAUUUUGGCGCAGCUUCAACUACGUGCACUAACACCACGUCGCUCUCCUCUGGUCCAACUGUCGCAACUAGUGCUGCCGCACCGACUGGUACCACUCCUGCUACCUCUGGCGCUGUCAGCGGCACUGGUACUACUGCUCAUACCACCUCUGCAACCACUGCUGCCGGUUCAGCUUCGACAAGCUCUUCCGCUGCCUCUGCCAAUGUCAUCCGCGUUGGCGCUGCCGGAAUUGCUGGUGCUGCUGCUGUUGCUGCCUUGCUUUUCUAG